AUUGUCUAUUUGUCAUCCCUAAAUACAAUUUUGUAAAAAAUUAUUAGUAAUUUUUACUUUAAUGUAGAAAGACAGCGAGCAAUAAAUCGUUUAUAUGAGGGAAAAUGUUGGCAAGUCAUGCUGGAAUCACUAAUAGUCUUGACAGUGCUGAAUUGCAUUUUUAUGUUCAGUUCCACAGUUACAACCUGCGCAUUAUGGUGGCAAUAUCAAAGUCAUCGUUGCUGUCCCAGAAAAACUACUACUCAACAAAAAUUUGAUUCAAAAAGAUCGAAGGACUAUGCUUUACAAACUGCCAAAAAGUCAAGGAAAUCAGAUUUUGACGGCUAUGCUAAAAUUGUUAGCAAAUCUGGUAUAAAUGGAAGCAAGCACAGAAGUAAAAGAAGUCAGAAGAACACUUCUAAAGAUCUGGGAUAUCAAAGGAGAAGCAAACAGAAAAUAUCAUUCACAGAUGGACUGGAAGUAAGACAGUUCGACGAAAGGGCCAAAAUGUCAGAGGCUUCUCAAACGAUAAAUGAUACAAAAUCGACAGUCGUAAUGGAAUUUUCAACAGUCCAAAAAGUUAUGCAGAUUGUCGACAACGAUCCUGAUAUUAAUACAAUGAGAGCUCCUUUCAAAGAAAUUGUCAUUCAAAAAGAUACUGCGGAUAAGAAAUACGAUAAUAAUGUCGAACAAAAUUUCGAGGCUAACAUAGCUACUAGUGUCUCUUAA